AACAGUUAUUUAACGUCCGAACUUAACAUUUAAUGUCCGCUGGUCGCUGUCUCAUUAGCUUUAGUUUUAACGUCUUGUUUACGAUAUUUUGCGCGUUUGUCGCCAACCUCAGCGUGACCCUCUGGCGCCUUUGCCGAGCGCGAAACACGGGCGGUUUGAAAAGACGACAUCCUGCAGGCAAAUCAGAAACGUUAGACAAAACCCACCGUUAUUCGAUCUCCACUGUCUGUGAGGGAAACAAUCAUGUCUUUGACCAACGGCCAUGGUGUGAGCAAAGAGACAUGGGAUUCUCACAACAAGAUGAUGCUGGAGCCUCUGGCCAUCAACGACUCAGAGGUAUUCUCCAUCAUUAAAAAGGAGAAGCAGAGACAGACUUAUGGUCUGGAGCUCAUUGCGUCUGAGAACUUUACCAGCAGGGCUGUUCUGGAGGCUCUGGGCUCCUGUAUGAACAAUAAGUACUCUGAGGGAUACCCCAGCCAGAGGUACUAUGGAGGCACAGAGCAUGUUGAUGAACUGGAAAGGCUGUGCCAGAAGAGAGCCCUCGAGGCCUAUGAUCUGGACUCAGACAAAUGGGGUGUCAAUGUGCAGCCAUACUCUGGUUCUCCGGCCAACUUUGCCGUUUACACAGCUAUUGUAGAGCCUCAUGGGAGGAUCAUGGGACUGGACCUUCCUGAUGGAGGUCACCUGACCCACGGCUUCAUGACUGACAAGAAAAAAAUUUCUGCCACGUCCAUGUUUUUCGAGUCCAUGCCUUACAAGGUGAAUCAAGAAACUGGUUACAUUGACUAUGACAGACUGCAGGAGAACGCACGCCUGUUCCAUCCUAAACUCAUCAUUGCAGGAACCAGCUGUUACUCCCGCCACAUCGAGUACGCCCGCAUGAGGCAGAUCGCUGAUGAGAACGGUGCAUAUCUGUUGGCCGACAUGGCUCACAUCAGUGGGCUGGUGGCUGCCGGCGUUGUGCCAUCGCCCUUUGAGCACUGUGACAUUGUCUCCACAACGACACACAAGACACUGCGAGGCUGCCGUGCUGGGGUCAUCUUCUACAGAAAAGGAGUACGGAGUAUAGAUGCCAGAGGGAAGGAGACUAUGUACAAUUUUGAAUCGCUGAUCAACCAGGCUGUGUUCCCUGGCCUGCAGGGAGGACCACACAACCAUGCUAUUGCAGGUGUUGCAGUGGCCCUCAAACAAGCCAUGACCUCAGAGUUCAAGGCCUAUCAGUUGCAGGUGCUAGCGAACUGUAAAGCUCUGUCCAAUAGCCUCAUCGACCAUGGCUACAACAUUGUCACAGGUGGUUCUGACACCCACCUGAUCCUGUUGGACCUACGCAGCAAAGGAACCGAUGGAGGACGUGCUGAGAAGGUUCUUGAAGCCUGUGCUAUUGCCUGUAAUAAGAACACAUGUCCAGGUGAUAAGAGUGCUCUGCGCCCCAGUGGUCUGAGGUUUGGCUCCCCGGCCCUGACAUCAAGAGGCUUGGUGGAGGAUGAUUUCAAGAAAGUGGCAGAGUUCAUCCACAAAGGUAUUGAGCUGACAGUGGAGAUCCAGAACAGCCUUGAACCAAAGGCAACACUCAAGGAGUUUAAGGAGGCCUUGGCCCAAGGGGAGAAAUUCCAAAAGCGGGUAGCAGAGCUAAAGGCUGAGGUGGAGGCCUUUGCUGGCCAAUUCCUCAUGCCUGGUCUGCCUGAGCUGUAGAGGAUGGUGUUUGGACAUAGAGGGUUAUUGAAACAAUGAUUAUCGUAUACUACUGCUUUUUGACACAUGUAAUAUGAAUGCUGUUUUCUUUGUUUGUACAUGCUUGUGUAAUUGUGAGGCACCUGUGAAGUCUGUCUCAGCUGAACGAGGAUUUCUUUGACACCACAACGUUCAUGGAUUUUCAGAUGGAAUCGUUGCACUCUUACCUUUUGUAGAAAUGAAUGGAUUUUAUAAUGUUCAUAACAUUUUUCCCCCCCAUUCAGUCUUUCAUCAAGAUCACAGAUUUCUAAAAUCCUCUAAGCUGUUUUAUAAGUUUAAAAAUCUACAACAAAAGAAUACCAAACUAACUUUUAAACCGUUACCUCUUUUAAUGUUCCUGAAAUCCUAUAAUCUCAGCACCAGAGCGUGCCCCCCAGUAAUAUUUUUCAGUGCAACUGUUAUUGUCAUUGGGUCUUACAAUUAAAUUAAAGCUUUAAC